UGAAACUCACAAAUGUCGUCCAGUGACCGAAGGUGGAGGAAUUGGGACAGGCACUACGAUGAGGUCCCACAGGAAUUGCCCUACGGAGACGGCUCUGUGAGAAGCCUGCAGACGCUCCGAGACUGUGAGCUGGCUCUGAGCGCUGACCCACUGCCUCCGCCUCCUCUCCCCUUACAGCCACCUUUUGGCCCAGACUUCUACUCAUGUGACAACGAGGAGCCAGCCACCGCUCCAGACCUCAAGCCCGUGAGGCGCUUUGUCCCCGAGUCCUGGAAGAACUUCUUCAGAGGGAAGAGAAAGGACCCAGAAUGGGAUAAGCCAGUGUCGGACAUCAGAUACAUCUCCAAUGGAGUAGAGUGUUCCCCUCCAGCCUCUCCUGCCAGAACAGACCAGCGGUCCCCGCGCAGCUCCUGCACAGAUCCCCACGGAGGGUCCCGAGGAACACUGGAGUCCCGCAAAGAGACUGAUGCCAUGUUCAACCCUGAUCCCUAUGGCUCCCUAGGCCGACACACACAGACUGCCCGCACAUACAGCGAGAAGGUAGAAGCCUACAAUCUCAAGUAUUCCUACAUGAAGUCCUGGGCAGGCCUGCUGAGGAUCCUGGGUGUAGCCGAGCUGCUCCUGGGGGCUGGUGUCUUUGCCUGUGUCACUGCCUACAUUCACAAGGACAGCGAGUGGUACAACUUGUUCGGCUAUUCACAGCCCUAUGGCAUGGGUGGUGUCGGUGGCCUGGGCAGCAUGUAUGGCGGCUAUUACUACAGUGGCCCCAAAACCCCUUUCGUUCUCGUGGUUGCUGGUUUAGCGUGGAUCACCACCAUUAUAGUGCUGGUUCUCGGUAUGUCCAUGUAUUACCGGACCAUUCUUUUGGACUCCAAUUGGUGGCCGCUCACUGAAUUUGGGAUCAAUGUGGCCUUGUUCAUUUUGUAUAUGGCUGCAGCCAUAGUCUAUGUGAAUGAUACCAACCGGGGUGGACUUUGUUACUAUCCGUUAUUUAACACGCCGGUGAAUGCCGUGUUCUGCCGGGUGGAAGGAGGACAGAUAGCAGCGAUGAUCUUUUUGUUUGUCACCAUGAUUGUUUAUCUCAUCAGUGCUUUAGUUUGUCUCAAAUUAUGGAGGCAUGAGGCUGCCCGGAGACACAGGGAAUACAUUGAGCAGCAGGAGAUAAGUGAGCCAUCAUUUUCAUCAAAACGAAGAAUGUAUGAAACAGCAGCGAGUAGUGAAAGACAGAGGAACCACGAAGUGAAUUUCAAAGAGCUAAGAACCCCAAAAAUGAAGCCUGAAGUGCUGAGUGGACACAUCCCUCCAGGCCACAUCCCAAAACCUGUGGUACUGCCAGACUACGUGGCCAAAUACCCGGUUAUUCAGACGGAUGAUGAUCGGGAGCGCUAUAAAGCCGUGUUCCAAGACCAGUUCUCGGAGUACAAAGAGCUGUCUGCCGAGGUGCAGGCUGUGCUGCGGAAGCUGGACGAGCUAGACGCAGUGAUGAGCAGGCUGCCUCCCCGCUCCAUGCACCACCAGGAACAUGAGAGAAUUUCAAGAAUUCAUGAAGAGUUUCAAAGAAAAAAGAAUGAUCCUACAUUUCUGGAAAAAAAAGAACGCUGUGACUAUCUGAAGAAUAAACUGUCUCAUAUAAAACAAAGAAUCCAAGAAUAUGAUAAAGUAAUGAAUUGGGAUCUACAAGGAUACCCCUAAGCCUUA